AUGCCGGGCUCGACGCCGACGACGGUGCCGGGGACGACGACGACGACGACAGUGCCGGGGGCGACGCCCACAACGGUGCCGGGGACGAUGCCGAUGCCGGGCGCGACCCCGGCGAUGCCGACGGGGACCAUGAUGCCGGGCACGACGUUCACGGACGCCACCCCGGACAGCGCGAUGCCGAUGGGUGGUGGCGGCGGCCUGGGCAUCGAGGGCGGGGACAACCAAGGCAGCGUGCUUCUGGGCAGCAGCAGCAGCGAAGGCGGCGUCUCUUGGCUCGCCAACAUGGCCACCGGCGACGCGUCGGCCGCGGCCGCCCCGCUGGUGGUAUCUGCUCGGGUAGUGGUGGCGCCACUGGCAACACUAUGCGGCCUCCAUUUGCGGCAGCUUCUGCUGUAG